GCAAUGAGGAAAGCAAAGAGAAGGCGUUUGAUGCAAAGUAAAAAAGUGGCGCUUACAGAAUCAGAGUCAGAUGAUGACAUCACCGAUGACAGUUCGGAUGACGAGCCCUUGGUUAAGAGGAUGACCAGGAAGCCAUCAAAUGAGGAGCUGAAAACGACAGUGAAGAAACUGGUGGACCAUGUCGACCUGGAGAAAGUCACAAUGAAGGACAUUUUCAAGAGGGUUAGUCGUUCUAAUCCUUUAUGAACACCAGUUCAUUGAGUUCAUACAUUGAAUUCUCACACUUUUCCUCAUGGGUGAAUUGAGGAUAUACAGUGUAUAUUUUAAGAACCUGAUAGAUUAACCAUUUUUAAAAAACAAUAUAGUCAUUACUUAUGUUUUACUUAUUCUCUUACGAUGGGUUUCAGGUUUUUAAAAUGUACCCUCGUCAUGACCUGUCAAACAAGAAGGCCUAUAUCAAG